GCUGCCUCUAGGUGGCAGCGUCGCUUGUUUUAUAUCUGUAUUUUACAUUAGAAGUAGAAUCACGAGGCGUCACUGUGCUACUUCCGGGUUUGGGUUGGUAAGAAAUGAUAAACUUAAGAAGAACUUAAUAAACAAGAAUGGACAAAGUGAUACCCUUGUCACGGUGGAGAUAUGUUCAUUUUAGUUUAUGACACCAAGGUGGCAUCUGAUCUGUACAGCACAAAAUAAUGGAAGAUCCUGAAUUAGAUAUGGAAAUAGCCUCACCACCAGGCAGUUUUCUGGAAGAAGAUGCUUCAGCCAGCAUAGAAAGCCCACCUAUUGAAGAGUUGGAGGAGGAAGAGGAGGAUGAAGAUCUGUACUACAUCCCGGAAAGAAGACCCUCUCUGGACCUCGGGCCAAGUCCUAUGGAAACAGGCGCACUGCUUUAUGUGGAGCGGCCAGAGUCUCCAGCUGCAAGUUACAUGUCAAUAAGAAGUGAAGGCAUUGGUAGUUCUCUUAACUUGUCUGAAGAUACUGGAUCACUUACAAGGAUUCAUCUAGAAAGAACAGACUCUUUUUCUACCUGUUACUCUGUGGACAGUGAUGAUUGUGAAAUAAGGAUAUUAAAGGGUAAAAAUCAGGAUGGUGCAGACGAUGAUGAUACUUUACCAGAGUUAAAAGAAAAUCUCACUGAGGUUCUUCAUCCUUCUGUGACCAUACCAUUUGUUUUUAAGGCCAUUUGUGAAGUCCUCAAGCAGCUGAAACCAUUGGGUCUUGACGCCUUUCGGAGGUCUUUGUGGCAGCGUUACCCACAAUCCUUCAGCACCUCUCUACAAAACCUGGAUAUUGUGGACAUAGUGGACCGGAUGCUUGAGUGCUACAGCCUACGUGUGUCUUUGCAAAUUACCAAGACCCUGCUGCAAGAACUUGAACUAAAGAGGCUGGUUGAUUUCCUUGAGAAUUUAAAAAUACAAAAUGAAGUGCGCUAUGAAUUAAGUGAGAGAUUCAAGAAGAUUUAUGGAGUAAUUGAAUGUUCAGGGGGAGAUAAACCUUUGGACAAAGUCCUCACAGAUGUCAGUAUUAAAUCAGUGCGCGACAAUGGUCCCAACAUUGAACAUGAAGUGAUGUCGAUACAAAAACCAGAAACUAUGGAAGGCAAAGAUCUAAGUAUUAAGGACAUCUUCAGCACUGACUUCAUUGAGAAGCACAAUGAACAGCUGAUUUUAUUAUAUGGAAAUGCUGGAUCUGGGAAGUCAGUGGUCAUCAGGAAAUUAAUUCAUGAUUGGAGUAAUCAGAAAACUCACGACCACAUUACACUAAUGCUUCCGUUACCUUUAAAGGAACUAAAGCAAAAGGUCAGAGAUACUGACUUUUCAUUUUUAGACAUUUUACAUUCAUUUUACCCUGAAACCGAAAGACUGAAAGUUGAGGACUACAGUAGCAAAGAUUACAAGAUCAUGUACAUAUUUGACGGUCUUGAAGAAAUUGCCGAGGAUAUCAACUUUUCAAAUGCACAGCUUGUUUUCAACAUCCAAGAACCUGCUAAACUAAAUGUUCUGAUUGCAAACAUCCUUAGAGGCCAAUUACUGAAAUUUGGCUACUGUUUGUUCGCUUCUCGGCCACUGGUGGACUACUGCAUCCCCUGGGACACGCAUCACUUUGUGUAUGAGGUGCUUGGCUUUAAAAUGGAAGAGAGAGAGGAGUACUUCAAGAAGAGGUUUAGAGAUCAGAGUCAAGCUGGUCAUGUCAUUGCAUACAUCAAGUCCUCCAAAACCCUCCACAUUAUGUGCUAUCUGCCAUUGUUCUGCUCAUUAUUGUCUGAUUUGUGCCAAAGUGUAUUUACCAAACAGGACCCACAGGCAGAACUACCCAAAGGAAUCACUUGCAUGUACACAAGGCUGUUUCUAGCACUUAUACAUGACUAUCGGAAGGACCGAAAAGUCACCAUUGACAAGCUUAAAUUCAUUAUGGCACUUGGGAGACGUGCCUUCACCAUGUUGGAAAAGGGAGAGCAUUUUCUGAGCAUAAACUACCACAAAGAUGAAGGGGAACCAGUGGAUGACUUUGAAGCAGUGACUUACAGUGGCCUGGGCACUUUGUUCUACACAAAACCACUUUUGUAUGUAGAGGAGAGGUUGUUCAGCUUUCUCCACCCCACCAUGCAGGAAUAUGUUGCAGCCCUCUAUGCAUUUCUCACAUUUGUGAACGAGGACAAGAACAUUUUUGAGCCACCAAAAAGCAAAAUGACAUGGAAGCGCAAUAAGAAAGGCUGUUUGGAUUUGUACAAGUAUGCAUUGGAGAGAAGCUUGUCUUGUGAAGAUGGUAAACUGGACAUUUUUGUGCGUUUCUUAUUUGGUAUGUCCAAUGCAAAAAACACAGAACUCAUCCAACAAUUUUUCAAUCACACUGUGACAUGGAAAUCAGUUGCAAAAGAGGCUGAGGCGCUUAUUAAGAAGAAAAUGUCAGAAACCCAGAAUCUAGCAAGGGUCAAAAACUUGGAGAACUGUUUAGUAGAGCUUAUGUAAAACAAGUCCAAGGCA